CCCCGCCCCAGCCCCCGACUCCGCCUCCGCCUCGCCGGCCGGGCCGGAAGGGUGACUUCGCCGCCUCUUUCCCUCCGCUGCGGCAGCGCAAGCACAGCGAUGGCGGCUCCAGAAAGCCGUGGGCCCGGCGCCGACGCCCGGCUGGACCAGGAGACGGCCCGGUGGCUGCGCUGGGACAAGAAUUCCUUAACUUUAGAGGCAGUGAAACGACUAAUAGCAGAAGGUAAUAAAGAAGAACUACGAAAAUGUUUUGGGGCCCGAAUGGAGUUUGGGACAGCUGGCCUUCGAGCGCCCAUGGGCCCUGGAAUUUCUUGUAUGAAUGACUUGACCAUCAUCCAGACUACACAGGGAUUUUGCAGAUACCUGGAAAAGCAGUUCAGUGACCUAAAGCAGAAAGGCAUCGUGAUCAGUUUUGACGCCCGAGCCCAUCCAUCCAGUGGGGGUAGCAGCAGAAGGUUUGCCCGACUUGCUGCAACCACAUUUAUCAGUCAAGGGAUUCCUGUCUACCUCUUUUCUGAUAUAACGCCAACCCCCUUUGUGCCAUUCACAGUAUCGCAUUUGAAACUUCGUGCUGGAAUCAUGAUAACUGCAUCUCACAAUCCAAAGCAGGAUAAUGGUUAUAAGGUCUAUUGGGAUAAUGGAGCUCAGAUCAUCUCUCCUCAUGAUAAAGGGAUUUCUCAAGCUAUUGAAGAAAAUCUAGAACCAUGGCCUCAAGCUUGGGAUGAUUCUUUAAUUGAUAGCAGUCCACUUCUUCACAAUCCGAGUGCUUCCAUCAAUAAUGACUACUUUGAAAACCUUAAAAAAUACUGUUUCCACAGGAGCGUGAACAGGGAGACAACGGUGAAGUUUGUGCACACCUCUGUCCAUGGGGUGGGUCAUAACUUUGUGCAGUCCGCUUUCAAGGCUUUUGACCUUGUUCCUCCUGAGGCUGUUCCUGAACAGAAAGACCCGGAUCCUGAGUUUCCAACAGUGAAAUAUCCGAAUCCUGAAGAGGGGAAAGGUGUCUUGACGUUAUCUUUUGCUCUGGCUGACAAAAUCAAGGCCAGAAUUGUGUUAGCAAAUGACCCGGAUGCUGAUAGGCUUGCUGUGGCAGAAAAGCAAGACAGUGGUGAAUGGAGAGUGUUUUCGGGCAAUGAGUUGGGGGCCCUCCUGGGCUGGUGGCUUUUUACAUCUUGGAAAGAGAAGAACCGGGAUCGCAGUGCUCUCAAAGACGUUUACAUGUUGUCCAGCACCGUCUCCUCCAAAAUCUUGCGGGCCAUUGCCCUAAAGGAGGGUUUUCAUUUUGAGGAAACAUUAACUGGCUUUAAGUGGAUGGGAAACAGAGCCAAACAGCUAAUAGACCAGGGGAAAACUGUCUUAUUUGCAUUUGAAGAAGCUAUUGGAUACAUGUGCUGCCCUUUUGUUUUGGACAAAGAUGGAGUCAGUGCCGCUGUCAUAAGUGCAGAGUUGGCUAGCUUUCUAGCAACCAAGAAUUUGUCUUUGUCUCAGCAACUAAAGGCCAUUUAUGUAGAGUAUGGCUACCAUAUUACCAAAGCUUCCUAUUUUAUCUGCCAUGAUCAAGACACCAUUAAGAAAUUAUUUGAAAAUCUCAGAAACUACGAUGGAAAACAUAAUUAUCCAAAAGCUUGUGGCAGAUUUGAAAUUUCUGCCAUUAGGGACCUUACAACUGGCUAUGAUGAUAGCCAACCUGAUAAAAAAGCUGUUCUUCCCACUAGUAAAAGCAGCCAAAUGAUCACCUUCAGUUUUGUUAAUGGAGGCGUGGCCACCAUGCGCACCAGUGGGACAGAGCCCAAAAUCAAGUACUAUGCAGAGCUGUGUGCUCCACCUGGAAACAGUGAUCCUGAGCAGCUGAAGAAGGAACUGAAUGAACUGGUCAGUGCUAUUGAAGAACAUUUUUUCCAGCCACAGAAGUAUAAUCUGCAGCCAAAAGGAGACUAAAUACUCCAGCCUUGGGUAUACUUGCAUUUACCUACAGUUAAGCUGAGUUUAACUUGUUAAGCAAUAUUUUUGAGGGCCAAAUGAUUCAAAAUAUUAUAAGUAUUUAUAUGUUUCACAAAGACGUACAUUCCUCAUUGUUUCAUGUUUGAUCUUUAAGGUAAAAAAAGAAAAGAUGGCCAAACCCAGCAAACCAACAUUCCUACUAAAAAGUUGAGCUUGGACAUAUUUUGAAUUUUUUCAAAUGAAGAUUUUAAAACUAAAAAAAUAAUUUAAAAAAAAGAUUGUAAUUGAUGUGCCUUAAUUUGCAUAAAUCAUAAAUGUAUGUCCUCUCUGUAAUUCUUUUUAUGUGUGCUUCAAAUAGCCAGAAAACCUGUGCAGUUAGUAAAUUCUGGGCUGUCAUAAUGUGGGAUAGCCACUUUUUAGGUAUAUGUACACUUAGUUUCUAUCAAUUCCUUAUAAAGUAAAAUAAAUUAACAGAUCAAA